CACGUUCACCUACAGGCUACACAAUACCAAAAACAUAAAUACACAAUGGCUAAAACCUCUCUUCCUCUCGCCGCUUCCUUCCUCCUACUCCUCAUCUCCUCCGCUGCUGCUGCUGACGCCGGCCGUCUCUUCCUCACCGUCGUCAACCACUGUCCCUUCACCGUCUGGCCAGCCAUUCAGCCCAACGCUGGCCACCCCGUUCUUGAAAAAGGUGGCUUCGCUCUCCCAACCAACACCCACCGCUCCUUUUUCCCACCAUCUACCCACUGGUCCGGUCGCAUAUGGGGCCGAACCGGCUGCUCCCACUACAACGGCAAGUUCUCUUGUGUCACCGGAGACUGUGGUCACCGUCUCGAAUGUAACGGUCUCGGGGGCGCAACUCCUGCUUCUCUCGCUCAGUUCGAUCUCCACCACGGUGGACACCAAGAUUUAUCCUCCUACGGUGUCUCUCUCGUCGACGGUUUCAACGUUCCGAUGACUGUGACUCCUCACGAAGGCCGUGGUGUUUGUCCCGUCGUCGGUUGUCGCGAAGACCUCUUGAAAACGUGUCCGGCUCAUCUUCAGCUCCGGUCACACGGUGGACACGUGGUGGCUUGUAAGAGUGGGUGUGAGGCGUUCCGUACGGAUGAGUUGUGUUGUAGGAAUCAUUACAAUAGUCCUCAGACGUGUCGAGCUUCGAGUCACUCUCUGUUCUUUAAGCACGCGUGUCCUUCGACUAUGACUUUUGCUCAUGAUAGUCCUUCGCUUAUGCAUGACUGUUCUUCUCCUAGAGAGCUCAAAGUCAUCUUCUGCCACUAAUGUGUAUCUCGUGUUCGGCUUGUUCUACGGUUGUAAUCGUAAUAUUGCACCGAUCUCUUAUCCUUCUGUUUGGUUUGGUUUGGAUGGAAUGGUUUUAGUUUGCUCUUUCCCGGUUCUGUUAUAUAGUUGUUCAAAUUAUGUAGUGCAACUAUGAAAUAAGGUGGCGUAAUAUCUUUUAGAUUGCCUCUUGUGAGUUUGGUUCUCUUUUUAUCUUGAU